AUGUCUGGCAAGUACGUCUUCACUCAGGGCCUGAAGGAGCUCCGCUUCCUCUUCUGCCAAUCCUCCGAGGCCAGCGCUGCCACAAGGUCUUUCCUCAACCGCGCCUACCCCACUAUGAAGAAGCACAACCCCCAGACUCCCAUCAUGAUGCGCGAGGCCGCGGGCACCCAGCCGCGGGUGUUCGCCCGAUAUGCAUUUGGAAAGGAGAAGCAGGAGGCUCUGGCUGGUCUUACCGACACUCAGAUCGAAGAGCGCAUCACCCAAUUGGUCAAGCAGUCAUAA